UUUAACCUCUUGUCUGAAAUCAGAAAAAUCUUUGAGCACUUAUAUUUCGCUAGGAACUAAAGUAUUUGGUUAUAGUUCCUUCCGGGUGCUGAAUUAUUUGUGGUACCAUGGAGAAGAGCUGUCAAGGAAACGUGAAACUGAAAAAGGAGGAGAGAAAAGUGUUUAGGAAACAAAUGAAAAUGAGCCAUACUUUACUGAAACAUGAAGGCAUUGAAACCGUAUCACACCCGACACAGAGCCUAGUUGUAGCAAAUGGAGGCCUUGGCAACGGUGUGAGCAGACAGCAGCUCCUGGAGGUGCUGAAAAAGUGCGGCUCGGUGGCUGCGCUGCUGAUGCCCCCUAACAAACCUUACGCAUUUGUGACGUUUGGGUCGACAGAGGAAGCCCUGAUGGCCCACACAACCAUUAAUGGCUUCCAACUCCAAACGGAAGACCAGGCAAUCACCUUGUAUUUAAACUUUGUGGAGAAAGUUGAUUGUAAAGACAGUGAAUGCCAGAAGCUGCCCGCAGGUCUCCGAGUUGUGGAGGAGUUUGUAUCUUCUGAGGAGGAGCAGCAACUACUGUCAAGUAUUGAUUGGGGUUCUGACAUGAGCAGUGAAAGUGCCCAAAAGGCUCUAAAACAUCGGAGAGUGAAACACUAUGGCUAUGAAUUCCGAUAUGACAAUAACAAUGUAGACAAGGACAGCCCUCUACCAGGAGGCCUUCCUGAAAUCUGUGAGGAAGUGCUGGAGAGAUGCCUGGAGAAGGGAUAUGUAAAAAUCAAACCUGAUCAACUGACAGUAAACCAGUAUGAACCUGGACAAGGGAUCCCUCCCCAUGUUGACACCCAUUCUCCAUUUGAAGAUACAAUAAUCUCCUUGAGUCUUGGUGCAAAGACCGUUAUGGAUUUUAAACACCCAGAUGGCCGUAGCAUAGCUGUGAUGCUGCCUCGCAGAAGCCUGCUGGUGAUGACAGGAGAGUCACGCUACCUCUGGACUCACGGCAUCACGCCAAGAAAGUUUGAUGUCGUUCCUGCUUCAGAGGCAGGUGAGCCCGGAACUGUAAGCAGAGAUAUUGGGGAUUUGACAAUAAACAAGAGAGAGACGAGAACUUCCUUUACAUUUAGGAAAGUGAGGAGGACACCAUGUGAUUGUGCUUACCCAUCUGCUUGUGACAGCCAGGGCUCCGAAAAUCAGGACUGCGCUCCUUCCGUGCCUCAGAGUGAUGGAGAUGCUUUUCGUCUGGAGCGGAAGUUUGUACACAAAGUCUAUGAGGAAAUUGCAGAUCAUUUCAGCAACACUAGGCAUUCGCCCUGGCCAAAGGUGGUGGAGUUCCUGAAGUCUCUACCCAGAGCGGCUGUAGUAGCGGAUAUAGGCUGCGGCAAUGGCAAAUACCUGGGGGUCAACCGGGAGCUGUGCAUGAUGGGCUGUGAUCGCAGCAGGAACCUUGUGGACAUUUGCGGAGAAAGACAAUUUCAGGCUUUUGUGUCAGAUGCUCUCUUGGUACCUUUACGGAGUGGUAUUUGUGAUGCUUGUAUCUCCAUCGCUGUGAUUCACCAUUUUUCAACCGAGGAGAGAAGACUUGCAGCCAUUCAUGAACUUGUGAGACUUCUGCGACCUGGAGGAAGGGCACUUAUUUAUGUCUGGGCAAUGGAACAGGAGUACAAGAAACAAAAGUCCAAGUAUUUGAAGGAAAACAAAGCCAUGUCUGAUACACUCCAGCAGGAGUCCAGCUGUAACAGAACAGAAAGCUCCACUGUUUCAAGCCAUGAGGCUGCAGAUUUUAAGAAGUCCCCUUCAGUUGCACAGAAUCAGUCUGAGCUGCGAGUUCACAUGAACCGAACUUCCUUCCAUUCCCAAGAUCUGCUUGUGCCCUGGCAUCUCAAAGGGGGUGUGAAAAAGAACAGAAGCGCAGAGGAGGCUUUGAGAGAGUCCACCAAUCACAGCAAAGCAGCUGAAAGCACACCUGUCUUCCACCGCUUUUAUCAUGUGUUUUGUGAAGGGGAGUUGGAGAACUUGUGUAGAAAAAUUGAAAACGUCACAAUUUACAGUAACUACUAUGACCAAGGAAACUGGUGUGUCAUUAUUGAAAAAAUGUAAAAAAAAUCUGUGUAAAAAUUGUUUAAUUUUAUGUUUUGAACUUGUAAUAAACACUAGAAUGUUUUAUGCAUUUUAAAAAGUCUAUGGAAUAAACACGUGAAAAGCCCA